AUGGCGAAAGCACUACAAAUUAUAUCAUUUAUACUCUGGUUAAUUCGUUGUUUUUUUUCAAUAUGGAUUCAUCUUGGUUUUCGUCUAAUAUAUGGAAAUCAAAAAUUUCGUUUACCAGCUAUUACAAAUCAAAUUUUACUAUUGCCAGCAACUGUGAUUGCGAAACGAAUUCGCCAAAGACAAAUAACAGCUUAUGAAGUUGUUCGUCUAUAUAUUGAACGAACACGAGCUAUCCAACCAUAUUUAAAUGUUUACAUUGAUGAACGAUUUUCAGAAGCAUUAGCUGAAGCAAAAGAAAUCGAUCGUAUUUUAGAUGCUGUAUCAAAGGGACAACGAUCAUUACCACAUGAAUGGACCGAAGAACAUGCUCCGUUUCUUGGUGUACCAUUUGCUAUUAAGGAAUCAAUGGAAUUUCAGGGCUUUCAUAAUUCAACAGGGAUUGUCGCAAGAAAAGAUUUCAUAUCAACACGAACAGCAACACCAGUAGCGCACAUGUUAAAAGCAGGUGCCAUUCUUUUAUGUAAUACAAACGUGAGUGAAGGAUGUAUGUGGUUUGAAUCUCGAAAUGCUCUUUAUGGAACGACCAAUAAUCCAUAUGAUUUAACACGAAUUGUGGGUGGUAGUUCAGGUGGAGCAGGUUGCAUCGUUUCAGCAGUUGGCGUUCCAAUUGCAAUUGGAGCAGAUAUUGGAGGAAGUAUUCGUUUACCUUCAUUUAUGAAUGGAAUAUUUGGUCAUAAAACAACACCUGAUAUAGUACCGAAUGAUGGUCAAUAUCCUCCACAUAAAGACUUUCAUCAAAAAUAUUUAUUAUCUACAGGACCAAUGUGUCGCUAUGCUUGUGAUUUACAGCCAAUGCUUAAAAUUUUGGCUGGUUCAAAAAACAUCGAAAAACUACUACAUAUUGAUGUUCCAGUUGAUUUAAGUAAAUUACGGUACUUCUAUAUUGAUGAAAUCGAUGCUUAUUUUGUUAAUAAAGUGGAAAGAGAUCAACAAUUAGCUCAUCGACGAGUUGUUGAACAUUUCGAAAAUAAAUAUAAAGUUCAUGUAACACGUUUACGUUUAAAUCGGCUUCGUUAUGCUGUUUCUUUGUGGUCAGCAAUGAUGGUCGAUGGGCAAAUGUCAACACGUGACUUUUCUUUGACACUUUGUAACCGGACAUCAUAUUUAAAUGGUUAUCAUGAAUUAUUAAGAAAAUUUUUAUUUCGUUCUACACAUACAUUACCAGCUAUUGGCCUUGCUAUAUUAGAAGCAGUACCAAAUAAAUAUAAUGAACAUUUUCAUAAAUUAGCACAUAAAUUUUAUGAUGAAAUUCAAAUUUUAUUGGGUAAUAAUGGAGUUUUAUUUUUUCCAACAUUUCCUCAAUCAGCGCCUGUACAUGGUUGGCCUGUUCUAAUGAAUACAUUUGAUUAUAUUUAUUGUGGCAUUAUAAAUGCAUUGGGUUUACCAUCAACACAAUGUCCACUAGGUUUAGAUAGUAAACAAUUACCAUUAGGUAUUCAAUGUGUCGCUGCUCGUGGUCACGAUAAUUUAACUUUAGCUGUUGCACAAGAAAUCGAACAAGCCAUGGGCGGUUGGGUGCCACCGAGUGUUAUUUCUUUAGUUUAA